GGAGAACCGAUAUUCUCUUUGCUCCAAAGAUCCUUACCACAAAGCACCCUUUGUUGUGUGACUGCAGAGCAAUUUGUUUUGAGUAAACGCAGUUUCCUCUAUCUUCAAAGUGCAUGCAAUAGGUAUGAUUUAUGACGCAAAUUUAUGAAUAUGAAAGGAACCGAGCGACGAGCACCCUCGCAUCCGUAUUUUCUACAUCUGGAUCGUGUAAGAUGAGCUGAACGUGGACAUCUACACUGAAGUUAAUGGAUUUUCACUCGGUGCUGGUAGGAGAAUUAUUUGACAAGUGCGCCGCAUCCUCACCGGGAUAUGAUUCAUUUUGGGAAUAUCUGACAUGGCAAGGACAAUAUCCAUCCUCGCUGAAAUCAUGUUUUCCAAAAUGCUGGUUUUAAUUCUCCUCCAAGGUGUGUUGAUGUCCGACACCUUGCUCACAUCCGAGGUCAGCCCCGGGUCUCUGCCUCCCUCGAGCAGGGCGUUUGGCUCCGGGAGGUCUGCUGGUUCACCGCUGUCUGAAGCAGCGGACGCAAAGUCCAGACCAAAGCGCUGUACCUGCUAUUCUUACAAGGAUAAAGAGUGCGUCUAUUAUUGCCACUUGGAUAUAAUCUGGAUCAACACUCCCGAACGCACUGUGCCCUAUGGAAUGUCGAGCUACAGAGGACCUCAGCGAGUCAGACGUGCUGUCAGUGGACAAGCAACUGAACAUGAGGGGGCAAAGACUCAACGCUGCAUUUGUGCUGUGCGUGACGCAGACCCUGAGUGCCAAGAUUUCUGCCUUCCAAGCCGGAUGCAGACAGUGCCCGCCAAGAGUCUUCACAAAGUCCCUGGUGCCGGAUGACAGUUUGACGCCUCUCCAUCGCCAUUCUUCUUCUUGGAGGAAUGGACCCGUCUCUUAUCUUCACACCCUUCAUUGUCCAUUUGCCACUCUUGCCUCCACAGGUACACACUCAAGGAAAACAUUUGGGAUUUUAACACUGCAGACAUUCCUAGGCAUCACUACUCUUGGAGCAAGUUCCAUCAGGCCAAAGUGGUUUCAAGUUUUCUUCAGCAUAUUCAAUACUGGUCCCUCGAGGCGAUCCCCUCUUUGUUACCUCCUGAAAGCAGAAAGAGAAUUGCUUCCACUGAUAUAAUAGCAAAUGACCUUGCUUCAGUCAAGCUUGAUUGGACAAAACUUUUGUUUUCAUACCUGUUAGUGUUGAGGACUACACUUGACUCUUUUUCUUUCAAAGGAAUGAGAUAAGCUUGUAUCAACCUAUAAGGGGACGACAAAGACAUCUCUACAACAAUGUUGGAAGACAAUAGUGACACAAGGACCGUCGCUGGAUAAAUAAGGGCAAUACAUUAUAUUGUGAUUUCUUGUCCUUUUAAAUAUUGAAAAACACCAACGGAAAAAAAAGGUACGCUUUUGGCUACCCCAGCUACGGGGCAUAUUACUGAGCUUGAUUUAUGGAACUAUCUGCAGUAAGUUUGGAAAGCAUUCACACCCUGAAAGUUCGCAUACUUUGCUCUCAUCACGUCUUUCAACAAUAAUAUAUCAUAUGUGCUCUUCACAAAUAAACUGUCCGACAUAUUUACAGUGCUUUACCUUACUACCACUGGUAUACUGUGUAGAAACUGUAUUUUAGCUUAAGCUGUAGUGUCCUGUAUAUUCAACCGUCUAUUAUUGAAUCCAGCCCAAGGGAGGACCUUUGUGUUCCAAUGCAAAGAAUCAAAACACAGGGAGACAUAUCCUUUAGCUGUUGCAUGAAGUGGUGGAUUACUUGUAUAUUAAAGAGUAAGAUACAUUAUUCUGUUCUUUUCAAACUGUCUACAGACUCAAUGAAAACCUAGACCAGCAAUGAAUUGGUUCUAAUAACAAGGAUUGCCUAUGUAAUCAAGACCUGAUGUAUCUGAAUUAUCUGUUUAUAUUCAGCUAUAAAAUUCAAUAUUUUUUUUGCACUUGUUCACCUGUUCCCUCCACAUAAUGAACAGUAUAUUAUGUGUAUUAAAGAAAAGGUUCUGAAAUUAUUAAAAGAUAGUAUUCAAGGCAGAAAAUGCCCCCAACCUCGACUGUAAUACUGGAAUAUAUCCUAUCAUUAGGUAACUAUUAUUCAAGCAUUUAUGUAAAAGCAGUAUUUUAUUGUUGUAGUUGGUUGAGGUGGAUCUAAUUGUUUAACAAUAUUUAUAGGACAGCAACUAAUGAUUAUUUACAUAAUGGAUUUAUCUGCAGAUCAUUUUUUAUGAAUAAUCGACUUGUUUCAGAUAUACUUGUAUAUAAUGUUGGGUAGAUUAAUUUAUAACAGACAUAUUUUUAUAAGCUUUUCCAAUGUUUUUUAUGCAAAUGGGGUGCAUAAUAAUAUAUACUACUGUAUAAUUAAAGGUCAUUAUUUGGCUAAAAAAUAAAUUGCAACAAAUCUCAAUGUAUAGUGAAACAUCAGGAACAUGACUGUCCAAACCAGCACUUCAUUUAAUUUCAAUUUCCCAGCCUUCCCAUACUGUGCACAACAUAACACCACAGUGGUGCAAUUAGCAAAUUGAUUAACUAUAAAAUUAAUCGUAUAGAAUAAACAGCACAAUUAAACAUCACCAAACAGAUAGCAUGGGCAUGUAUAAACAGUAUAAAUCUGACAGCAGCUGCAGUCCACUAACACACAUAUUAAAGCAGAGAAGACACUGCACACUUUUCCAUAUCAAAGCAGAAUAAGGCAUUUCAGGGAUCACUUUGACAAAGAGCAGAACGUCUUCACAUACCUCACUAAAGGUAAAAGUUCCUCAUUGAAUGCACAAGUCACGGAAAUAGAAUGUUAGCCAGGCUGUAGUGCGUUUAAAUAAUUAAUUGAAGUGGUGAUGAAGAAGAUUUUCAUUUAAAUAAAUAUCUCUGGUAAAUUAUCUCUCAACGAAUGAGGUAACACAAUGAUGAAAUGUGCAGUAGUAUAAACUUGGUGCCUAUAGCAACAUUACUAGAAAAAAAAUGCUGUUUUAAGUAACUGCUAAUGCAAACCGACACACAUAUCAUACUGCUGCAGCUUCACAUUAAAAUGUUUUUACUGUCAAAACACGAGUUGACUUUUAUUAUACAGUAAUCACAGGAAUUUGCAAUGUGUUCGUCAAUGAGCUUCACAAUGAUAAUGCGUGUCACAAUGCGUCUACGAAACAAGAAAAAUAAGGUUAUUUGCGGCACUUUUUAAAAGUGGUUUACUCUGAAGUAUUACAACACUCUUCCCCUGUCCAGUUUGUCAAAUAGUUCCUUUGAAUAAUGUUGAGAUAAGAAUAUUUAUGUAUUUAUUCUAUCAAAAUGUUUGCACCUUGUAUAAUCUUCCACAAAUAGCAACAAUAGUUCUCUUUUCUAAAAAACAGUUAAAGUUUGUUGGUCAGCGUUGUGUCUCACAGCACCGAGCUAUGAACUUAAUUAUGUAGUGUAUUGUUGUAAACAAAAAGCCACAAUGAAAACAGUAAAUGGACAUACUAUGCCUGUUGGUUCAGCACCCACAUUGUUAUAGUACACUUAAAGCAUUCCCAUGGAUGGGAGUUUAAUGUGGGAGACAAGUUUUGGCACGCCCUUUCCAGUGUUCCCUGAAGCUAAACUGGGAUAACUGUUUUCCUGUAUUUGUAUUUGCCCAAUUUCUUAUGAACAAUGCAUGCAACAUUUGUUUGGUAAAAACAUACAUUUUUACAAUAUAUGGUUGAAUAAAAUUAUA